AUGGCCGAUCUCCUGGGGAAGAAAGAGCGGAGAAAAAGCCUCAGCGUCUUUAGCCCAUCCUUCACAGCCUCGUCCCUGUCCGACCCCGCAGUACACCAACGAUCGCCCUCGGAUGAUGCUCAAGCCUCGAAAAAGAAAUCACGCCGCAACUCUGGCUUCUUUGGGGUCCGGAACCCCAGUCCGCCAAGAACCGGCACCAGCUACACCCUGCGUCGUCCCGGCACCGCCGAUUCGGAAUCGACAGCAUGCAUGAUGCCCCCGCCAGCCCUCGAGGGCCCGCGCUCUCGACGCAAGUCGAUGCAGAAGAGACGGGCCUCGGUUUUCGGUUCGCUGCGCUCCCUUCAUUCGUUGGAAGAUGACGACCGAUCCCUUGGCCGCUCCAAAGCCAGCUCCCUGGACGAAGACAACCCCGACAUCCGGCAAGGUAUCGGUUCCAUUAUCUUGCACCAUGGCGAAAUUCAGAUCACAGGCGGCAUGUGGCGAAAGAAGAGUCACUACUUGGUCCUGACCGAUACCCACCUGGUCCGGUUCAAGAAUCAGAGCAAAGCCGCCGACAUGUUUCCAUCUAUCCCCUCGUCUUACUCCCGGUCCCUGGCAAGCAAUCGUCAGUCCGUCGUCUCCAUCAGCUCGAUGCAGGAUCCGCAGCUGGGGAUGCCUGGCGAUAACUCUUCCGGAAUUGCCCUGAAUAGCAUCAUUGCAGUUUACAUGUUGGACGAUGGUCGGCCGUCGUCCACAGUGGAGGUCGCCUAUGUCGAUGAGCGAGCACAGAAAGCCACCUUUAUUCAGAUGCAGACGCCGGAUUUUCAGGAACUCAACCUAUGGAUGGUGGGCAUUCGCUCCGCGGCGGAGCUGAUCCGAGGAGCAGACCCCUUACCAUUUGACCGAAAGACGGUGGACUGUGUGGUGCGAAUGCUGGACUACGAACGGGACUACGACCCCGAGACGUUUCGCAUGUUCCGAGUCAUCCAGAUGGCAUCCAGCAAAUCUCCGACGCGGGCCUCGUCGGAGGAUCUCACCAAACUCUCACCGACCGGUUGUUACCUUGCUCUGGGUUCCCACAAACUCCAUCUUAUUCCCCUACACAAAAUCUCCAGUCGCAGCUCUGUGGUAUCGUUGAGCGACUUGGACGCUGCAACGUCUUUUGGACUCAUGAAUUUGACCUGCCUGUCGAUGGAGUGGGGGGACGAUAGCUUACAUCUGACAUUUCGCUUGCCCCUUCGCAAACCAUUCUCCGUUUUCCUUGCAUCCGUUCAUUCUUUGGAGGUUGCGUUCUGGAUCAGACAACAGACGGAAUUCUUGCGACCGUUAUGGCUCAAGCAGCCUUAUGACUUCAUCGUUCCCCGAGACCUCGACAAUGAAAACAAUUUCCCCCCGGUAGAUCUUGACGAAGAUUUCGGUUGCUUCGACCGAACCUUGGUUGCUUAUUCUGCCAGCUACGACAUCGAUACGUCUAACAUCCGAUAUACGAUCGACAUGCAGUGUGACGAUGCUCCCUGUUUCAAGCUACUGCCUCCUUCAGCACGUCGGAAGUAUACGGCUUUGGAAUUGAUCGCCGUUCUGCGGGCCUUGCGCUACAACGAGUCUUUCCGUGCGAUUUCAUUCAGCGGAGUGAGCUUGGAUGCUCUCCAGGGGCUGCGCGACACGCAUGGGACAGACAAAGAUGCUCUUCUGAGCCGUGCUGGUGCAACCAUUAACAUUCCCGGGCAAGAGAACCUAUCUGUUUUAUCUCAAGAAGUUCGGGCCUUGACACUGAAGAGCAAAUGGCUCAGACGCCUUGACUUUUCCUACACACUGAGCCGCGUCCCCAAGUCUGAUAGUGAAAGUCAUGACCCCGGCUGUGGUAUCCCAGAGGCGAUCUUUCCGAUAUGUCGUCGAGAGCUGACGAGCGUGGACUGGGUUGUUCUCAAUGGCAUCAAACUGGGAGAUUCCGACUUGGACUAUCUUGUCGAUGCGGCCUCGCAGCGAGGAAGUCAUAUGCGGGCACUCGAAGUGGGCAAUUGUGGCCUAUCUGUGCACGAUCUGGACUUGUUACUGUCAACCGUCGUUGCUCAGUCGCACACGUUGGAGGCGAUCAACAUUUCCGGCGUACAAGGCCGCCUGACCCCGGAUAUCCUUCCGCAGUAUCUUGGUUACUUCAGCCACAUCAAGACUCUGGACUUGUCGCGAAUCUCGCGCACAUCUGGUCCGGAGCCACUCCUCACGCCUGAGACAUUGAUCAAUUGGCGCCUUGAGGAACUUUCGCUGAGCCGGACAGCCGUCAACCGGCAGACCGUUGACGCUAUUGCCACGUAUCUGGCUAGCGAUCGCUCCCAAGGCUUGCGCGUUGUCAAAUUCGACCAGUGUGGUCUGAGUGGCCAGGACGUGGCGAUUUUCCUGCAUUCUAUGGCGGUCCUUGAGUCUCGCAACCUGCAUCUGCAUGUAAACGAGAACCGCCUGGAUCAGGGUUGCUCGUAUCUAUUCGACGCCAUAGCUCAGAACAAGACUCCAACGCACUUGUCUAUGCGGAUGAUUGAUUUCAAGAAAGAGGAGCAGUUCCAAGAGUUAGUCGAAGCUCUACGGGUGAAUCGUUCUCUGAAAUACCUGGAUAUCUCGAAAGCGUCCCUGCCCUACGAUGCCGGGCCGGAGACUUGCAAGGCACUACAGCUAAUGUUCGAGGAAAACGAGACGCUAGAAGAUUUGGACAUCAGUGGGGAGAGCGCGCACUUGGAUGUCGCCCGGUUUGGGAUCGGUCUCAAUCUGGCCCUCACUGGCUUGAAGAAGAACAAGUCUCUGCAAGUCUUGAGGAUAGAACAUCAGAAACUUGGUUUGCAGGGCGCAAACACCCUGGCAUCUGUGCUGGAAGCUAAUGACUGUCUGCGCGAGGUUUACUGUGAGAAUAACGACAUCAAUCUUCAGUCGUUCACGGUCCUGGUGAAUGGUCUGCAGCGAAACCGAUCCUUACUGAGUCUUUCGUGCAUGGACCGAGACCGGGUCCAGUCUCUUGAACGGGUGCGGCGAGAAGUUGAGAGCGUUAAGCGGGACGUCGGCUUGGCUCAGAGCUCUACCACCAGCUCUAUUCGUCGCUCGAUCCAGGCUGCCAUAACCAACAAAAACUCGAGUAGCAGCAAACUGUCCAAACAGCAGCCAUCAUCUCUUCACCGUUCGGGUGCCUCAACUUCCAACCUGCUCUCCCCUGCGGAUGCUUCUUUGAUGCAACAAGAUGUCGAAGUCAUCUUGCAAUCAUUGAACCAAAAGUGGGACGCAGAGGUCGCGCGCCUGCGCCGAUACCUGUUUCGAAACUACAACCUGGCGCAUGGCUUGGACGAUGGUAGCGCCGAGCUCGACGAUGACAAUUCCAGCGAGGGGCGGCCGGCUACUGCAACAACGCUGGGACUGAUGCUCGAUAACUUGAAACUGGAUGUAACCGUAUCGACCAAUGAAAUCCAACCACCACCGCAGCCCGAUGAUGGAGGUACCAGCCCGAAGACUCAUCUGGAAAUGUUCAACAGCCUUGACGCCGAGAGUAGCUUGGUCGCUGAGCUUCGUGAACGCCCGCAAACAGCCCCCUUUUCAUUAGCAGAUUAUGGAAGCCAGUCAUUCCUGCCUUUAGAAUAUACGGGCUCCAACCCUCGUUUGGCAGUGCCAGUUCCAGCCAUACCCCCUGUGGUGAACAAGACCAGCAGCGUUCGCAGUGCCCGCAGCUCCAGCACUGUUUCUACAGGAACCGGCACAAGUACGCGAAGCACCUACGGAUCGGCAUCCUCCACCCUGAGGGGGUUCUUGAGCAGUGGUGCAUCCAAAGAACGCAAAAGAAUGGAGAAAAUGAGGUCUGGUGCAGUGUGUGUAUCAAAUGAUCGGCCACCAAGACUGGACUGGGCACCUCCUCAUCUUGAAUUGGAUAAUUUCCGAUAA